GCCUCCGGGGAGGGGGGUGCUUCCUGUCCGCCUGAACUUGGCUGACCCUGGCGGCUUCCUUCUGGGCCACCAUCCUAAAAGAGAGUCCCUGGCUAAAGUCCUUGUUACUGCAGCCUGAAGAGUGACCUCUUGGGGUCAUCUCAGCCCCCGCGGGCACCCUCAAAACAUGGCGCAUCCUGAGGCCAACUUUCCAGCCCGGAACUAUCAGGACAUCCUGGAUCAGCUCAAGGAGCAUUUCCCCAGGUUCCCCACUCACUUGACGACGCAGGUGGACCUCGCUUACGGCUUGGUCCUGAAAAUCCAGCAGGGGAUCCAGGAGCAUCUCAAACAGGCAGAAAACUUCCUACAGAUGAUGGAGACCUGCAGCCAAUCCCUAGGCUUCCAGCUGGGGGAGAACCAGGGGAGCCAGGCCUCCCUCAGUGAGCAACCCAGCCAGGACCACCAGCACCCAGGGGCCACGCCCCCACAGACCUCCGGUCUCCAAGAUCUAGACUUCGAAGACGUCCUGGUCAUGAGGUCAUCUGACUGGUUCCAGCAGUCCCCCAGAGUGGACAGUGACACAGUCCGCCAGCGAGAUACACAGCCGUGCUGGGACUCAGAGCCCCAGUUUCCACAGGAUAUUCUGACAGAGCAGCUCUGGGAGAUUUUUGCUGGGACCCAGGACCAGGGAGAGCACCCAAGACACAGGACGACAGACCAGGUGCCAGGCCAUGAGAGCCAGGAGCCAGGACCACGAUACUUGGGAGUGAAAAUGCUUCCCAAGGACACUCUGGUUUUCCUCCCACCCACGCCCUCCCCCAGCUCCUCUGAGGGCUCCCGAGAGGGAAGCCCAGGACUGGGUGCUCUAGGACAGGGGUUGUUCUCCUACAUGGCCCAGGUAAGACCUUGCACUCCACACAAAAGCUACGGGGGAGGUGGUCAAGACAUUAGGGGGAUGUGGCUCAGGUGUGACCUCAUCCACCCACAGGAGCUUACCAGGAAGACCUAUCAGUUUCUAAAGCCCAUAUGCUGGGACCCCGAGGACUUUGAAAACACAUGGAAUAGGCCUAAUGUCUUGCCCUGGCAGUCCAGGAAGCUGGCCGUUCCACACAGAGUGGAGAAGAUGCGGAGACUAGAACAUGGGGAGCCUGUGCUGGCCACGGCCGUCAGCAGCUUCACCCGGCACGCCUUCACCUGCAGCAGGGGUGGCGUCAAGGUGUGGAGCCUGGUGGGCCAGGUGAUGAAGGCCAGGUUUCCAGAAAGCUUCUUGAGAGUAGAGACACCGGGGGCCUACCUGCGCACCUGCCUGCUGUUCUCAAACAGCACAACCCUGCUCACGGGCGGCCACAACCUGGCUGGUGUGAGCCUGUGGGACUUGACGGCGCCUUCCCUGCAUGUGAGAGCCGAACUGCCCUGCGCGGGCCUCACCUGCCAGGCCCUGGCUGCCAGCCCGGAGGACAGCCUGGCUUUCGCUGGCUUCACCAACGGCAGCGUCAGGAUCUGGGACCUGCGGGACUGGAGUGUGGUCAGGGACCUGCCGGGACAUCCAAACGGUGCCAAGAGCAUUGCUGUUAAAGACCAGUACGUCUGGACGGGGGGUCUGGAUGCCUGCCUGCGGUGCUGGGAUCUGAGGGCCACUGGGGAGCCCCAAGAAUACCAGUUUGAAUCUCAGAUAAUGAGCCUGUCACCCAGCCCCCAUGAGGACUGGGUGCUGGUGGGCACGGCCAACGGCCAGCAGUGGCUGCAGCCCAGCCUUGGGGGCCAGAAACGCAUGGUGGGGUGUAAGGACGGCACCAUCCUUGGACUCAAGUUCUCCCCUGUGGGCCAGUGGUGGGUGAGUGUGGGAACAGACAACCUGGUUAGCAUCUUCAGCAUGCCCACGGGGACCAUGGCAGUCCAGGUGCCCGAGAGAUCCUCUGUCAUGUGCUGUGACGUGUCCCCCAGCAACCACCUGAUUGUCACAGGGUCCAGGGACCACGCCUCAGUGUACCAGCUCACAUACUGAGGGUUUGCCGGGGUGGGCGGGCUCGCACGAUGAGUGAUCUUUGUCAUGUGUAAUAAAGCAAUUGGAAAAAGCA